AUGACAUGUCAACAUCCUGGCUGUUCGUUUGAUAUAUUUUCUUCAUGUAUACAUCAUUGUAUGCAAAAUGUUUGUUUGGUACAUUUAAUUGAACAUGGUGAUAUAUUUUUACGUGAUUUUACAGAUUUACUCGAUCAUCUAGAUAAAUCAACAUGUAUUUUAAUGAAAGAAGCGAAUCUUGCUAAGACACAAAUUAUUCAACGUCGUCAAUAUGAAAUUGAUCGUAUUAAUCGUUUGUAUGAUGAAAACCAACAAGAAAUUCGAAAACGACUUACAUUUGCUGAAGCUGCAAAUGCUUCAAUAAAAGAUAAACAACAUAAAUUAAUUAAAUCUAAACAAGAAAAUGAAUGUCAUAUCGGUCAACAUGAUUUCGAACAAAUCAAAUCAUAUAUAAUUCAUAUAAAAAAUUCUUCAUUUGAAAAACAAGACAAAAAAGAAGAACCAAUUACAAAUUUAGAAAUAACUACUAAUGAGUCAAAUUUUAUAAUAAAUAAUACUUGGAAAACUUAUUCAUGUCCAUUAUUUCGGCCAAAUGUAUUUGGUAUUAAACUUGAACAUAAUAUACGUUUAGAUUGUAAUGGAUCAACAUAUAAUAAAUCGAACUUAACUAGACAUUUAGAAUGUUACCAUCGAAUGUUACCUGAAUGUGCACUUCGAUUAAGAAAUGCUAUUAUUAAUGGUCAAACAUCAUCGGAUCAAAUAAAAUUAUUUUCUGAAAAUGAAAUUAUUCUUAAUCAAGAAUAUUUUAGUGAUUGUCCUUUAAUAAAUUCAACAAAUGUAUUUGGUUCAGAAUCAUCAUUAUCUAUAUUAAUACAUAUACCAUGUACAAAAAAACAAGUGGCAUUAAUAUCAAUGCCCUCCCACUCGUUGACGUCAGCAAUAAUAUGUAAUAAAAUUCUUCAAAUCUUUAUCAUUCUUAUUUAA